CUGCUCUCCCAUUUUAGGAGGGAACUAGUCUCUGUGGGUUUUCAAUAGACACCAGUUACCAGAUCACCCCCGGGGCCUCCCUGGAUGCUCACAUACAAGAAAGACAGAAGUGGGCUAGUCCUGUUUCCUACCAAGGGAGGCGGUGCGGGAAUCGAUAGAAGAAUUGGAAAGAGACAAGACAAGGUACCGGAAUUGCCAGAAAGUCCAGUAACCAGACUGAAGUCAGAGAUUAGUAAAGCAGCGAAAAAAAUGCAGAGUAUUCAAUUUCACCCACCAGUACACCCCAAAACCUGCUGGAGCCAGAGAAAGAUAAAACAUUAUCUGGAUGUUUAUUCAAGUAAAACUGUCCAACUUUACCAAGUCUGGACUCGACUUAUUCUGCUUCAGCUACAGCUACUUUUAAUGCUGCGGAGCCUAACCCUGGGGAGCAACGGUAUCCAGCGGAUAUUGGGGCGGGGAUACGACCGCACCCGGUCCCACGCCGAGAAGCAGCGGAUUGUGCGGGAGCUGGCAUUUGAGAUCUGGCGCAAAAUGGGUCUCAAACACCGACUUCUGGCCAUCAUAAAAAAAUGGUCAAACAUGAAGCGCAGGGGGGAAACGCCAGUGUCUGGCAUGUUACCGGGACUAGCGUGGAGUGCAGGUAUAGCGUGGAGAUCCUCAUACAAAGAAGUUCCUAUUCCCUCCAUUCGAAGAAGGCGAUCGGCGGAGGCCGUGGAGGUGGUUGAGGAGGAAGAGGAGGAGGAGGAGGCCGGACCCUCCCAGCCUAUUGAGCCACCCCCACUAGUUGUGGGAGAAGUGAAAGAGGUGGAGGUGGAAAGUGCUGUACCCUCCAGCACUGCCCCAUCUCAGGACUCGGAGGAAAAGGGAGGCGAUCACCAGCCCCCGCCAGCAGGUACUGAAGACAUUGAAGGCCAAAGUUGCAAAAAUGCAGAAGGAGCACCGCCAUGAUAUGCGGGCCAUUCAGGAGUGGAUGAAGGCCAUGGAGGAGAGGCACUGCCAGGAGAUGCUCCUGCUAUUGGAAAAGUUGCC